CUGGGCUCGAGUUUGUUGUUAGCUAACAUGCUAACCGAAGCAGAGAAACUAUCAUGUUUAUUUGUGUGCGCGCAUUAAACGCGUAGUUACUGCCAGGUUUAUUCACGUGUGUUCGAAUCGUGUGCGUGUGAUGGUGUGUGUUUUUCUGUGAAAACGGAAGUGAAACGUGCCAAACACGUGGGAACCGCAGGUCUUACAAAAAAAAAAAAAUAGUUAGUCAUAACAACAUGUGAUGUUUAUUUCUGUCUGAUUCACCGGUCUGUUAGGUCUUAAGACGUUUCCUACAACACGUGAACCUUUUUAUAACAGUCCACCAAUCAGAACAGAUCGAUAUAGUUGUGUUUGUCACGAAGUUUUGUGUGAAAGUAUGUUUUAGUCAACAGAAAGGUGAGUGACAACCGGAUGUGACGUCUCUCACAGAACUGUGAGGUUCAUACAUAAACAUCUGGACUUGCUGUAACGUUGCUGAGGUAUAAGGGGAAUAGAGAACAGCUUUGGGUUACAGAGCGGUUGAUUAUUCGCCUUUAAUGGAUUCCCACACAGUGUUUUAUACACGUCAGGACCUGCUGAUACGACCUGCACGAACUGAGCCUCAGCUUCAUCUGGCACACGUUCUUACUCACAGUCUCGUCUGUAACACACGUAGAGUAUCAGAGAGAACAGAUUUGUACAUCUACCAGGAAAACGUAGGACGUAUUACGGCGAUUCGAUGCCAAAUGAAUCCCGUUGAAGGAGCACACUAGGGUUUUUGUUUAACUGCUUCUGGAGUGUGUGUGUGUGUGUGUGUGUGUGUGUGUGAGACAGAUUAACACAGACGGAAAUUUCAGCACGUUCAGUGCGAUGAGGAAAGACCAGAAAACCUCAUUUACUCAACAAACCGAUAAGUCCAAAGGACUCGGUGUUACAUUUCUGUCAAUAAUAAAAUGUGCUAAUUAACACUACACAACUACAGCUGUUACGACCAGAGAAACAUCUUACCAGAGUUUAGAGAGUUUUGUGACACUGGAGCAAAGCUGGACAUCAGCAGCGAGCCUACAGACGGGUUGCAGGACUACGACGGAGCCGUGGUGAUCCUGGACGCCGGGGCGCAGUAUGGAAAAGUGAUCGACAGGCGAGUGCGAGAGCUGCUAGUGCAGUCGGAGAUCCUGCCGCUCGAGACGCCCGCCUUCGCCAUCAGAGAGCAGGGUUUCAGGGCCAUCAUUAUAUCCGGCGGUCCGAAUUCAGUCUACGCAGAAGAUGCUCCCUGGUUCGACCCCGCCAUAUUCACCAUCGGCAAACCCGUCCUGGGGAUCUGCUACGGCAUGCAGAUGAUGAAUAAGGUGUUCGGCGGCACGGUGCACAGGAAAAGUGUAAGAGAAGACGGCGUGUUCAGCAUCGGCGUAGACAACUCCUGCUCCCUGUUCAGGGGUCUACAGAAGGAGGAGAUGGUUCUCUUGACUCACGGAGACAGUGUGGAUAAAGUGGCAGACGGCUUCAAAGUCGUCGCUCAGUCCGGCAACAUCAUCGCAGGUAUCGCUAACGAGCAGAAGAAGCUCUACGGGACGCAGUUCCACCCGGAAGUAGAUCUGACGGAGCGGGGCAUGGACAUGCUGAGGAACUUCCUGUUCGAGAUUGCCGACUGCCCCGGGAACUUCACCGUGCAGAACCGGCAGAUGGGCUGCAUAAGUGAGAUACGUGAGAAAGUGGACAAGUCCAAAGUGCUGGUACUGCUAAGCGGAGGUGUGGACUCCACGGUGUGUACAGCCCUGCUCAAUAAAGCUCUUAAUCAGGACCAAGUGAUCGCCGUCCACAUCGACAACGGCUUCAUGAGGAAGAGAGAGAGCCAGAGCGUGGAGGAGGCGCUCACCAAACUGGGCAUUAAACUCAAAGUCGUAAACGCAGCGCACACGUUCUACAACGGCACGACGACGCUGCCCAUCUCGGAGGAGGACCGCACACCCAGGAAACGCAUCAGCAAGACCCUCAACAUGACCACCAACCCCGAGGAGAAAAGAAAGAUCAUCGGAGACACCUUCGUCAAGGUGGCGAACGAGGUGAUCGGGGAGAUGAACCUGAAGCCCGAGGACGUGUACCUGGCUCAGGGCACGCUCAGACCCGACCUGAUCGAGAGCGCGUCUCACCUGGCCAGUGGCAAGGCCGACGUCAUCAAAACCCACCACAACGACACGGAGCUCAUCCGUAAACUACGAGACGAGGGGAAAGUAAUCGAGCCUCUGAAAGACUUCCACAAAGAUGAGGUGCGAGCGUUGGGCCGAGAGCUGGGGCUCCCCGAGGAGAUCGUCUCCAGACACCCGUUUCCCGGUCCAGGUUUGGCCAUCAGAGUCAUCUGCGCCGAUGAACCUUACAUCUGCAAAGACUUCGCCGAAACCAACAACAUCCUAAAAAUCAUCACAGACUUCUCUGCCAGCGUUAAAAAGCCACACACACUGCUCCAGAGAGUGAAGUCGUGCAUAUCGGACGAGGAAGAGGAGAAGCUGAUGCAGAUCACCAGCCUUCAUUCACUAAACGCCUUCCUGCUGCCCAUCAAAACCGUCGGCGUCCAGGGUGACGCGCGGUCGUACAGCUACGUGUGUGGGGUGACCAGUAAAGAAGCACCGCACUGGGAAUCCCUCAUGUUCCUGGCCAGACUCAUCCCUCGUAUCUGUCACACCAUCAACAGAGUCGUGUACGUGUUCGGGUCACAUGUAAAGGAGCCCCCGACAGACAUCACCCCCACCUUCCUGACCACAGGCGUACUGAGCACGCUCAGACAGGCCGACUUCGUGGCCCACUCCAUCCUCAGGGAGUCGGGUUACUCGAGUAAGAUCAGUCAGAUGCCCGUCAUCCUCGUGCCGCUGCAUUUCGACCGCGACCCGCUGCAAAAGCAGCCUUCAUGCAGACGCUCCGUCGUCAUCAGAACCUUCAUCACCAGCGACUUCAUGACCGGCAUCGCUGCCACACCCGACAACCACAUCCCAGAGGAGGUGGUGCUGAAGAUGGUGAGCGAGAUCAAGAAGAUCCCGGGAAUCUCCAGAGUCAUGUACGACCUGACGUCCAAACCUCCGGGAACCACCGAGUGGGAGUAGAGACGAGCAAGAGCGCUGAACUCUCUGGGCUCUCCUUCACCUCCUCCUUCACCUUUUUUUUUUUUUCCCUCUCCCUCUUUUUUUUUUUUUUUUUUUUUUUUUUUUUUUUUUUUUAAUUUUUUCGGACUUCUUCCUCCCUUUCCUACUCCUUCAUCUUUCCACACUCACCAACAAGCUCUCCGCCCUCAGAGAACAGAACACAACAUUCCCUAUGACAACAGCCAGUACUGUGAUUAACACACACACACACACACACACACACACACACACACACACACACACACGAAGCCGCGACUUCACCACAGCCUCAUUUCCUGGGGUUUAUCAUGAAUAAUAUUAAUGUUCUUAUUAAGCUGGUUGUUUGUUCCUUAUUUCAGGAAGUAGUCGUCCGUGGUUGAUGUUUUCUGCACUUAAGGCUUCGAGGCUUGCAGACAGAACUGGGGAUGCAUCCAAUAAAAUGCGUUAAGUACUUUAGCGUUAAGUAAUCGGGCAUCGCCUAACGUUUUAUUUACCCGUGUCGACGCUCGGAGACGCCGCGAGACGCCACUAACGGACCGGCGAGUUGGACACGCGAGACGUUCUGCAGUUUAAAGCGUCUUUAACAGAGAACGCGGUCUUAAAGAUAACGUUUAAACCUUAAUCCAGUGUUUAUUAGAGAUUUAAUACAUUCUAUAUUUAUCUGUAUUGUAGGAAGAUGCUGGUCUUCAUAUCGGUAUUGAUGCAUCCCUAGAAAUCUCU